UAUUUGAUUUUACAAUUAAAGAAAUCACUGGUGUUGUUAAACUGGAUAACAAUAAUUUCCAAAAAAUUAUGUAUUUGAGAAUUAAAGUUUUUGUUCCACUGGAUUCAACUAUAAAAAUACAAAUUGAGGAGUUUGAAAAGAAACAAGUGAGUGUCACAUCUAUUCAAGUUUUAUUAAAUUUAGAAUUUGAUACCAUACCAGCUAUAAAUCUUCAAGUAAUGUUAACUGGAGUAACUACACAAAUAGUUCAAAACUUUGAAGAAAAAGUAGUAAUAAAUUUUUUUAUUGAAAACAGGUCAAUAACGGUUACCUUAAUAGGUUCUAUGAAAUACAAACCUUCAGUUAUUGACCUUACAACUUUCCAAGAGACUGAAUUAGAAAAACACAUUUUAGAAACUAAUAGAUCAACUCGUGAUGUCACACCAAGAACUUCAACAAGAAGGGGCUAUACAACAUUAUCUCAAAUGGAUUCAACUGUAAAG